AUGCUGACCGCCAUCGUCGUCCUCUUCUUCGUCGUAAUCCUCAUGAUCUGCCUCCACCUCUACGCCCGCUGGUACCUCCUCCGCGCGCGCCGCCGCCAGAUGCGCCGCCGCAGCCGCCGGCAGAACCUCGUCUUCUACGUCGAUCCGGCGAACCCGAACCCGAACCCAGCCGGAGUAGAAUCUCGAGGGCUGCCCGCCGCCGUCCUGAAAUCCCUCCCGGUGUUCGUCUACUCCGGCGCCGCCGCCGCGGCGCCGCCGGCGGAGUGCGCCGUCUGCCUGUCGGAAUUCGAGGAGAAGGAGGCGGGGCGGACGCUGCCGAAAUGUGCGCACAGCUUUCACACCGAGUGUAUCGACAUGUGGUUCCAUUCUCACUCCACGUGUCCGCUCUGCCGCUCGCCGGUCGAGCCUCUGCCGGCGAUCGAGACGCUGGAGCCUUCCACGUCGGCCGGCGGGCGGAAAUCGAGGGGGGAGCUGGGGAUCGAGGUGCCGGGGAGGAAUUUCGGGGAAGAGCCGUCGUCGUCGGCGGUGGCGGAGUCGCCGGCGGUCAGGGGUUCAGGUCGCCGAUGA